AUGCAGACUGAAACAUUUGCGAAACGUCGGCACGAAGCUGAACACAGACGUGGCUUCCAUCUGGAAAUCAUGAAGCGGAUACCUCGUAGAGCUAUCCUGGGAGUCAUGAUGUUCCUGGCUUGUAUGUUCUCGUACUUUAUUCGUACGAAUUUAUCCAUCACCAUUGUGGCUAUGGUUAGUGCAUCUAAAAAGAAUGGGCAUGUGGGACCAGCCUGUGCUGCACCAACAUUUCUUAAUUCUACAACAAACGAGACAUAUAAAGGACUUCCAGAUUAUGGUGAACGAUACGAAUGGGAUCAAAAUAUUCAGGGUCUCCUUCUUUCUGGAUACUUUUAUGGUGUCUUGCCAGCAAGUAUACCUGCCGGUAUGCUGGCCGAAAAGUAUGGCGGUACCAAAGUCGUAGCGUUUGCCACUCUUAUACCAGCUGUAUUAAAUCUUCUGAUGCCCUGGGCUUCUAGAUUGCACUAUGGCUUCGUGUUUGCAUUACGUUUCCUUAUGGGAUUUUUUGGAGGUGCUGUCUAUCCCGCCCUUCAUGCUAUGAUUGCCAGAUGGGUACCCCCCAGUGAAAAGGGGAUGUUCGUUUGGACUAUGCAAGGUGGACCGUUUGGUACUGUAGUCACGUUUACCCUUUGCGGUCAAGUAAUAGAAUAUUUUGGAUGGAAAUCUGCUUAUUAUACUACUAGCGGUCUUAUGCUUAUUUUCUAUGCCCUUUGGGUUUACUUGAUAUAUGAUACUCCUGAUGUUCAUCCAAACAUCACGGAAAAGGAAAAGAUUUACAUUAAGGAACAAAUUGGAACAUCCGUUACUAAACAGAAGGUAAAACUUCCGGUUAAAGCUAUGAUGACUUCAGCGCCAUUCUUGGUGCUACUAUGGGCUCACUUUGCUAAUAUGUGGGGAAUAUACUUCAUUUCUACAAACGGACCCAAGUAUACUCUAGAGGUUCUUGGAUUCAAUAUGAAGUCUGGUGGUGCCAUCACGGGUUUGCCCUACAUUGCUAGACUUGGUGCUGGUGUUCUAUUUGCAGCAGCUGGUGAUUAUGUACGCAGAAAGAAAAUAUUAACAGUAGGAUGGAUCCGUAGAACUUUCAUGAUUUUUUCUCAUAUGGGACCUGCCAUUGCACUGGUAGUGAUGACUUAUGCUGGCUGCAACGCUGUUGUUGCAAUGGUGAUGCUAAUCGUUGCUUUAGCAUUAAAUGGAGCUGCUUGUCAGACCAGUUUGCAGAAUCAUCAAGAUCUUGCUCCUAAUUAUGCUGGAUCAUUAUAUGGAAUCAUGAAUACCUUUGGCAGCUUCCCUGGAUUUAUUAUCCCACCAAUUAUCGGUGCCCUUACUAAUGAAAGGAACGGCAUUGAAGAAUGGCGAGUGAUGUUCUGGAUCUCGGCAGCAGUAUUCACAUCUGCUACUAUAUUAUUCUGGAUAUUUGGUUCGGCCAACAUUCAACCAUGGAAUGAUUAUAGUAAGGCGAAUCCAGGCAUCCAGGAUCCUGACGAAGAGAAACAAAUGACAGCUAUAAACACUAAGGAAAGCGAAACUGCCGAGGAAAAUGAAGAAAAUGAACGUCUUUAA